GGAAGCCGGAGUUGGUGAAGAGCAAGCAGAGCAAGCAGAGCAAGGCAACGCUCCCUCCCUCCCGCCUGCUCUUCCUUCCCUUCUUUCUGGCCCAAUUCAUCCUUCCCUUUCUCCAAAGCAGGGAAACUCUGGCUUGGAGGCCCCACCGAUUGCUGUGGCUGCUCUCCGUGCUCCUGGUGGAACAACAACCAUGUCGGUGAACGUGACCCUUGGUGGCCCACCUCCUUGGGGCUUCCGGAUCACAGGGGGAAGGGACUUCAGGAAGCCCAUCACCGUCUCUAAGGUGACCGAACAUGGCAAAGCAGCCCUUGGAGACCUUCGUCCAGGUGAUGUCAUCGUCUCUAUCAACGGAGAGAGCACGUCGGAGAUGCUCAACGUAGAAGCACAAAACAAGAUUAAGCAGAGCUCUGGGCGUCUCCAACUCUUAAUAGACAGGUCUCAGCUGUUUUCUCCAAGCCAGACCAACGGUGAAAAUUCCCCCGAGAUGCUCUCCAUACAGUUUCAGAGUGCUGUGAGGACCAGGGAUGAUGGCCAGAACUCCGUGCGAUCCUCCUUCUCUAGCCCGGCCUCCAUCAGUCCGCGGCCCAGCAGCCCUUUCUCUCCUCCGUCUCCCGGAGGUCGAUCCGGGAGCCCGUACAGCCCUCGGAGACCCAGUUUGCCCAGUGAAGGCAGAGAGGAGUCCAUGACCAACAGCCGCAGCUUCCAGUCUCUGGUGAGUUCGGCCAGGAUCUCCGGAGAACGGUCUCCGCCGCUGCCGGGCCAGCAGUAUUCAAGCAGCAGACAGGAACGGAGGAGCUUCACCCCUCCGAGUGGGCCUCCGUUGUCCGGUCUUCCUCCGCUGAAUGGCUCUCCAUCGUCAGGAUCUUACACUCUCUGCAGCCCUUGGGAGAUCCGGAAGGAACACAACCGGAGCCCCUCCAGCCCUUUCCAUCGCAGCUACAGCCUGGAUUCAGAGGCAGCCAUGCAUCGUUUGGAAGGGGACUCGGAAGUGUACAAGAUGAUGCAAGAAAACCGCGAAACCAGGGCUCCUCCGCGGCAGUCGAGCACCUUCCGCAUGCUGCAGGUGGCUCUGGAGUUGGAUGAAAAAGAUGGCACGGCCACUCACUUCCCCAGCCAGCUGUCUCCCAGCGCUCACAAACCGGUCAAUAGUUCUGCGACCGGCAGCAGCCCAAAGGUGAUGCACACCUGUGAGAAAUGCGGUGGCGGCAUCACGAACCAGGCGGUGAGGAUCCACGAGAACCGCUACCGGCACCCCUCCUGCUACACGUGUACCGACUGCGGCCUCAACCUGAAGAUGCGCGGCCACUUUUGGGUGGGCGAGGAGAUGUUCUGCGAGAAGCACGCCCGGCAGCGCUACCAAGGGUCAGCAGGGGGCAGCACCGCCACGGCCGUCUACUCCCAGUCCUAAAGGAAAGGAGCCGCCCUCCCUCCCUCCCAGUAUCUCAUGGAAGGCUCCCCUGGUCUCUCUCUUGCGCCUUCCUCUUUUUGCACCUUUCCGCGAUUCAGCCCGCAACGGCAUGCCCAAGAUGGGGAAUGCCUCAACUACAAAGGACGUGGGGAACUCGGUGCAUUUCCAGCUAGCUUGUUAGGUGUGGGAUUGUUCUCUUACCAAGGCAAAUGUGUGCAUUUGCAAGUCGUCUUUGGCACUUAAUGGUUUGGGCAAAGCAGCGUGCCUUCCUUCCGAGGGGUCCUGCCUUGCUGGUCCCCUUCAUCCCCAGGGCAAAUGGCCAUGUUGCUCCCUUCUGUGGCCAACAGCACAUCCACAGAUCUCUGUAGUAAAUGGAAAUGGAGGGAGGGCCAUUUGAACCAGUUGGUACUGGGGUUGGCGUGGGGGCAGCUUUGACCGUUGGCUCUGCCUGUAAAGCUUUCUCUCAGAUGUUAAGCCAGAUCUCUAUGUGAAAUAUAAUAUAUAUAUGUGUGUCUGUUAA